GUUGCCCAGCAACAAAAAAAGGUUGCAACGGAGAUUUAACGACUCAAUCAAUGUACACAUCACACGGCUACCACUAUAUUGAGAAACAAGUGCGGAAUAUAAUCAAAAUACAUUAGGCACUCGAAAAAACACACACCGCGCACAGGCAUGGCGGAGCGUCAGCUGAAGAAACGCAACGCUUGCGUCAUUGUACUGGGCGACAUUGGACGCAGUCCACGUAUGCAAUACCAUACCCAAAGUCUGCUUGAAGACAAUUACAAUGUGGACAUUAUUGGCUACCUGGAGACACGUCCCCUCGACGCCUUAACAGUCGCCCAGCCCAAGUGCAAAAUACACGAGCUACCCGCGGUGCCAGUGACAAAUCUAACGCCCAAACUCAAGCUGCUCUUCAAGGCGAUCUGGCAAACGUUGAGUCUGCUCAUUGCAUUGAUCUCCAUACCGCGUCCCAAUUUUCUGCUUGUCCAGAAUCCACCCGGCAUUCCCACACUAGUCGUUUGCUACUUGUACUGCGCUCUGACGCGUACCAAACUUGCCAUCGAUUGGCACAAUUACACAUACACUGUGCUCGCUAUGGGCAUGGCUGGUGGCGAACAGAGUCGCCUCAGCCGGCUGACGAAGCGUCUGGAGCGCUACUUUGGCUCCAAGGCGCACACACACUUCUGUGUCACAAAGGCUAUGAAGGAGGAUUUGCAGCGGAACUGGAAUAUUGGGCCAGUUACUGUGCUUUAUGAUCGUGCACCUACCCAAUUCCAUCCCAUUGAGCUCGCCCAAAAGCACGACCUGUUCAUGAAGCUAUCCAAAGAUUAUGCGCAGUUCAUGCCCCAAUGCUAUGCGGAUCUCAAGCAGUCCGGCGUACUCGAGUCCACAGCACUCACCCAAAAGAUGGCCAAUGGCAGCGUGCUGUAUAAGCCACAAAGGCAAGCCGUUCUUGUCUCCAGCACCAGCUGGACACCCGACGAGGAUUUUGGCAUACUGUUACAAGCUCUUGAGUCGUAUGAGCGCAUUGCGCUGGAACAGCCGCAGCUCUAUCCCACAUUGUUGUGCAUCAUCACGGGCAAGGGCCCGCAGAAGGCGCAUUAUGAGGCGCAGAUAGCGAAGUUGCAGUGGCAAAAGGUGUCUAUUGUGACGCCCUGGCUGGAGCCCGAAGAUUAUCCCAGCAUUUUAGCUAGUGCUGAUCUGGGUGUCUGUCUGCACUGGAGCACAAGUGGCUUGGAUCUGCCCAUGAAGGUGGUGGACAUGUUUGGCAGUGGAUUACCAGUCUGCGCCUACAACUUCAAGUGUUUGGAUGAGUUGGUGAAACAUGGCGAGAAUGGCUUUGUGUUCAGCGAUCAUCAGGAACUUGCCGAGCAGCUGCGCAUUUGGUUCGAGAACUUCCCCAACAAUCCGAGCAUCAUCGAGACACGCAGUCGUUUUGGACGCAGUUUGCAAGAGUUCCAAGAGCUGCGUUGGCGCGAGAAUUGGAAACAACACGCGGCUCCCGUUCUGGAAGCAUUUCUUUAAGGAUUUAACGAGACGACAGACAACAUGAAGUAAAAACUGUGGCUGCAUUUUAUUGAUAAACUCUACUACAAGAAGGCACUUAACCUAUUGCUGUUUAUAGUUUCUAUAUGUAUAGUAUAUUCUAUGAAUCAAAUUUGUGCCGCUUCAUCUAGUAGCUUAAUAAUAAAUGUUUGUUUUUAUAG